UGAAUUGAAAGUAAAAUGUUUGAGCCUUAUGUGAAAAUCAAGAAAAAGCGAAAUGUCCAUGAAAUUUAUCAACAAAACAACGAGAAUUUAGAAAGGGAACGGGACCAACCACAGCAGGAGCCGCAGGAGUCGCAGGAGGAUAGCAGUGAUAAUUGUUGCUGCCUGGAGGAGGUGCCCCCAAUAGCACCAGGGGAGGGCGCCCCAGUGGCAACAGCAACAGGAGGAGCCAGCAGCAGCAGCAGUGGAAACUGCAGCCGAUUGCAGCAAUUGAUUUCCACGCCGCCAGUAUUAUUGCGUAGAUCUUCGCUGUCGCCGCCGCACCAGCAGCACCACCAGCAUCCACAAGGGGGCAACUCUCCUUUGCACCACCUUCCGCCACAAGCUGUAAGCACACCACCGCCCACACCACCCACACCGCCGCACCACCAGCAACUGCAGCAACAUCUAGCUGCUGCGCCUUCAGUUUUGCAACAGCAUUUGGGUCACCUGAAUUACGAAAGUGGAGCAACUGCAGCAGCAACAAUAGCAGCACAAGCGGCAGCAACAGCAGCAGCAGCAGCAGCGGGAGCUGGCACCAGUCGAAGUGGAUCGGCAACACUGGCACAGCAUUUGGCAACACCCAGCAACAUAUUGCAGGCGGCGUACAGCAGUGGCAGCAACAACUUGCAAAAUAUAUUGACGCGCUCACAAAGUUCCUCCACCUCCUCCUCCUCCUCCUCCGCCGCCGCCUCCUCCUCACACGUUGCAAGCACCACCUCGGCCGCCGCAUCUGCAUCUGCCUCAUCGUCCAGUUCCUCCAACAAUAACAAUUGCAGCAGCGCCUGUGCGGGGAAUACCCAUUACAACGGUGGCAGCAACAACAGCAACAGCAGCAGUCACCACAGCAACAGCAUCAUAGCCAGCCGCUUGUUUGGGGCAGCAUCAUCCUCUUCCUCAUCGGCCAGUCCCUCCUCCUCCUCCUCUUCGUCGUCGUUGUCGUCGUCGUCAGCGUCCCACCUGCCGUCAUCGUCGCCUCAUCAUCUGCAUAGCCAUCAUUCCGCGUUGACCAACUCCAUCACGAAUCGCAUCAAUCAGAGUAUACGGCGGCAUCUCAAUCAGCAGCAGCAUCAUCCCAUCAGCGCCUCCUCCUCGUCCUCCUCCUCAAGUGGCACGUCGUCUCGUUUGCCGCAUUAUCAGACGCAACAAUCGCCAAUCCACCAGCAACAGCAGCAGCAGCAGCAGCAUUAUAAUUGCACUCAUCCUGGACAGCAGCAGCAGCAGCAACAUCAUCAUCAUCAUCAGAGUAGCAGCAGCGGCCAUCAUCAUCAUCAACAACAGCAACACCACCAACACCAACACCAACACCACAGCAUUAACCACAACAACAACAGCAGCAACAAUCAACAACAACAGCAACCGCAACAAUCUCCUCUGUGCCUAGUAUUAUUAGUUAAAUGCCCCAAUUCUAAGGAAUUUUGUAACGCAGCCGCCGCAAAUUUCUGUGAUAAAAGAUUGCCGGUGAACGAAUGUCAGGCAAGCCAAACAGCUAGAGUAACCUCGAACCUGCACGCAUCCAGUAGCACGAUGGCGGUCAGCCGUGUACCCUCGCCGCCCUUGCCGGAAGUUAAUACGCCAGUCGCCGAGAACUGGUGUUAUACGCAGGUUAAAGUGGUUAAAUUUAGUUAUAUGUGGACCAUAAAUAACUUUAGUUUUUGUCGGGAAGAGAUGGGUGAGGUACUCAAAUCGUCCACAUUCUCAGCCGGUGCUAAUGACAAACUGAAAUGGUGUUUACGGGUUAAUCCAAAGGGCCUCGACGAGGAGAGCAAGGAUUACUUAUCAUUAUAUUUACUAUUAGUUUCGUGUAAUAAAUCAGAAGUCAGAGCCAAGUUCAAAUUUUCCAUACUGAACGCGAAGCGUGAGGAGACCAAAGCCAUGGAAUCCCAAAGAGCUUACCGUUUUGUGCAGGGCAAAGAUUGGGGCUUCAAGAAAUUCAUACGACGCGACUUCCUGCUGGACGAGGCCAACGGCCUGCUGCCGGAGGACAAGCUAACGAUCUUCUGUGAGGUUAGCGUCGUGGCGGACAGUGUUAACAUCUCCGGACAAUCCAAUAUUGUGCAGUUCAAAGUGCCCGAGUGCAAGCUCUCCGAGGAUCUUGGCAAUCUCUUUGACAAUGAGAAAUUCAGCGAUGUGACGCUCUCAGUGGGCGGUCGAGAGUUUCAGGCGCACAAGGCCAUACUGGCAGCGCGCAGCGAUGUCUUUGCGGCCAUGUUUGAGCAUGAAAUGGAGGAGCGUAAGCUGAAUCGUGUCGCCAUAACCGAUGUGGAUCAUGAGGUUCUUAAAGAAAUGCUGCGAUUCAUAUAUACGGGCAAGGCGCCCAAUUUAGAAAAAAUGGCUGAUGAUCUCCUAGCGGCUGCUGAUAAGUAUGCACUCGAAAAGCUGAAAGUGAUGUGCGAGGAGGCGCUGUGCGUCAAUCUCUCUGUUGAAACAGCAGCCGAAACAUUAAUAUUAGCUGAUCUCCAUAGUGCGGAUCAAUUGAAAGCACAAACGAUAGAUUUCAUAAAUACUCAUGCCACCGAUGUGAUGGAAACCUCUGGAUGGCAAAAUAUGAUCACAACACAUUCACAUUUGAUAGCAGAGGCAUUUCGUGCACUCGCAACACAACAAAUCCCACCAAUUGGACCACCAAGGAAACGCGUGAAAAUGAGCUGAAACCACACUUCAACAACAACAACAACAACAACAACAACAACUAUAACUGCAAAAACAACAAC